AGCCUAGAUUCUCCUAGAAAAAUAUGAUCACAAAAGUCAAAUGAAUUAACCCUAUAAAUGCACAUUAAAAACCUAUGAAAUAAUAAUAAAUCUCAUAAAUUUAAAAGAAAGAAAAAAAAAAUGGGUGUACCAAAGCUUCCUACUAUCGAUUUGUCAGUAGAAAAAUUGAAAACCUCGUAUUUAGGUACAUGCAAGGAAGUUCGUGAGGCCUUAGAAGAUUAUGGUUGUUUUGUGGUGAAUUACGAGGAUGUUUCACACCAACUUCAUGAAUCACUCUUAAGUGAAUCUAAAAAGCUUUUUGAUUUGCCAACAGAUGUUAAGAUGAGAAAUAUAUCAGAUAAGCCUUACUUUGGUUAUGUUGGAAACCAUCCUUCGAUUCCUCCUAACCAUGAAAGCUUAGGUAUUUCAAAUUCAACAAUUUUAGAACAUGUUCAGACUUUCACAAAUCUCAUGUGGCCUUCCACAGGAAAUGAAAACUUUUGUGAAACUAUGAUUGAUUAUGCGACUAGGGUUUCGAAGUUGGAAAAAUUGGUGAAGAGAAUGGUGUUUGAAAGUUAUGGGGUGGGUGAGAAGUGUUAUGAUUCACACGUGGAAUCGAGCACUUUCUUGUUGAGAUUAAUUAAAUAUAAAUCACCUGAUGAGUUAAACAAAUUAGAGAUUGGUUGCCAUGCUCAUACUGAUAAGUCAUUCUUAACAAUUCUUCAUCAAGAUGAAGUCAAUGGUUUGGAAAUUCAAACUAAGGACGGUCAACAUUGGAUUGGAUUUCAACCCUCACCUUCUUCCUUCCUUGUUAUGGCAGGAGAUGCUUUUUUGGCAUGGAGCAAUGGAAGGAUAUACGCUGCUCCUCAUCGAGUAGUGAUGAGUGGAAGAAAGGCAAGAUACUCAACUGGCCUAUUUACGUACCACGAAGGAGUUAUACACAUUCCUAACGAGUUAGUCGAUCACCAACAUCCUUUGCAAUUCAAACCUUUUAAUCAUUAUGGCCUACUUAAUUACUUCAGCUCCUCUAUAACUGCUCACUCUUCUUCCAAGGCCUACUGUGGUCUUUGAUCAUCAUGAAACAAUAUUAUAUGUUAUGUAAUAUUGUAAUAAUUUGUUGUGUGGAAAUAAUUACUCAAAUAACAGCUUCUUAAUUGCCUUAUUCUAAAUAAUACAAUUAAAAUGUAUAUAAAAACUUUUUUUCUUUUGAAUUAUGACAAUAUAUAUACUACUACACCUGCCAAAAACCAAAAAUUGAUUGCACGUACGGUGUGCA